AGUGCAGAUGGAUCUUGCAUUUGUAGCGAGUUCUGGCGAAUGAUCAGUUUUACAGAUAAAAGCAGUAUUGUUCAUUUCUUUGAUCAUCUUUCACCAUUGUAUCACACAUCAAAAUGAUUAUGUCAACCAUCCCCAUCGGUUUUCCUGAGAGUGCAGUGCAGUCCUCAUCUUCUGAGCUCUCAGAUGAGUUCACCGCUGCCCUCGCUGCAGGACGGUGGUGGGCAAUAAUGGAGGUCUCCUCUCCUAUAUCUGAGGAGCCUGAAUAUGGGGACCUAACCUCACUCAGGUUCCCGCACUCAGGCUUCUCAGAAUCAACACUGAAUACCAAGGAAUCUUGGAGGCAGAAGAAGACACAGAGUACACCCAUGCCUCCCAGGUACCUAAAGGGAGCACCUGUGCCUGCCUUUGCUGAGAAGAGGGACCACACCUCAUCACUGGUCUUCAACAAUGCAUCGGAGAAGGCUGUGUCUCUGCACUCAGGCUUCUCAGAUGCAAAGCUCAAGACCACGGAGCAACAGAGGAAGUGGAGGCAGAAGAAGCCACAGGGACCACCUGUGCUUGCUGGGUCUGAGAAGGUUGAGUGUGGGAACUCACUGAAGACCACUAAGCAGGUGAGGCAACAGUGGAGACAGAAUAAGCCUCAGGGAUCGCCUGUGCUUGCUGGGUCUGAGAAGGCUGAGUAUGGGAACUCAUUGAAGACCACUAAGCAGGUGAGGCAAGAGUGGAGACAGAAGAAGCCUCAGGGACCAACUGUGCCUGGUGACUCCCCCCAUGGACAUCCUGUGCCCACUCGGUCCCAACAACGUGGAAAAAUCAGGAUCCCUGAGCAUCUGAGGCAGCACCUGCUACAGGCCGCCAAUGAACUGGGAGCAACUGUGCCUGCUAGGUCCCCACAGGGACCACCAGUUCCUACAAAGUCUCUACAGAUAGAACCUGUGCCUGCCUCAAAGGUGCAAAAUUUAAAUACCCCUGAGCCACUAAGGCAGGAGCUACAGCAGAAGAAGCCUCAAGCCUCUUCUCACAAGGGAGCACGUGUACUCAACAAGACCCCGGAGAGGCAAUGGCUAAAAAUCCCUGAGCCGCUGAGGCCGGAGCUGCUGCAGCUGUCUUACCGAGCCUCAUCAGUAAAGGGAGAACUUGUUCCCCAAAAGACCCAGGAAAAGCAGAGGCUCAAGAUGCCUGAGCCAUUAAAGCAGGAGCUGCUGCAGGUGUCAUCUAGAGCCUCUACUGAAAAGGGAGCACCUGUGCCUCAAAAGAUCCAGGAGAGGCAGAGGCUCAAGAUACCUGAGCGGCUGAGGCAGGAACUGCUCCAGAAGCCUCAAGCCUCUCCUGCAGAGGGUAAACCCAUGUCUUCCAAGUCCCCAAAGGAAGCACCUUUAUCUGACAGGAACCCUGUUCAUACCGGGGGCUCACAGGGAUCAGGAGUGCUCUCCAGUUCUCCACUGCCCACUGGGUGUCUGAAGGAAGCAGCAGUACCCACCAAAACCAUGAAGGCAGAAAAACGGAGGCUUGCUGAGCACUGAGCAUGCCUGUCUCUUCCACCCAAGGGCUACAUAUGCCCUCCUGGACCUCAAAAGUGGCACCCGUGUAUUCUGGGACCUUACAGGGAGCCCUUGUGACCAGAAGCUCCCCACGACUGGGAGCAAACCCAAGAAUCACAGAGCAGCAGAAGCAGAAGCAGAAGCGGAGGGAGCAGUGGAGACAGCAGCAGAGACAGCAGAGAGAGCAGAAGGCAUCAGUAAGUUCUUUCCAUUUCUGAUUUUUACUUAUUCUCAGAUUUACGUCUUCAGUCUUCACCUAAGCUACUAUGUUAUCUACUGUAGGUCAUUUACUUAAAAUCUCAUGACUUAUAUUUCGAAAUGAUAGGAAGAUAUAUCUUUGGAAUUAAGAAGCACUCCUUAAACCUGCGUAGCAUCACAUGGUUGUGUCCCUUUCUUCAACAGGACAAUAUAGAUGUGUAUGAGCCUCCACAAAAAAUACUCUGUGUGGAAAUCGACAAGGUGCCACUGAAGCCUAAACUGCAGAAGCAGAACCAUCAAGCCCCACAGCUCAUGUCCCAGCUCACCCUGAAGAUGGUUAGUCCCUUCGAUCCCACAGUUUUACACUGGCUUAACUAAAGCACUAAAGCUUCUAUUUUCAGAAGUCUGGGAUGUGUAUCAUAUCCUUUUCAAUUCAUAAACCUCUCUAAUACUGAAAUAGUAGAAGCAAUAUAUCUUUAGAUUUUCUUAAAUAAGCACUCAUUAAUCUGCUUAGUGUAACAACAUAAUGUCUGUUCCUUCAACAGGACAAUGCAGGUGUGAGCUGGUCACCUCCAGAAAAAAGGGAGUGCAUGGCGAGCGAAAUCAGAGACCAACAACUGGGGCCAGGCUUAAAGCAUUUAUGUAGUAUAUUCAUAUGUUUAACAGAAUAUUUAAAUAUUUAGUAUUCAUGUGUAUUGUAUUUGAAUUGAUUUAAUAUGAUUGUAUGUAUAAUAAAAAAUAAAAUCUAAACGU